CCAUUCCCAAACAAAGCAUCCUUUUCCUCUCAAAAUCUUCCCCUCACCCUCACUGAUUUUCUGUUUUACAAAUUACAUAUAAAAAUCAAAAUCAAUAGGAAACAACAACAAUAUGCAUCGUCGUCAAUACUUCAAACCCCAUCCUUUUUAAUUUUGAAUUUCCUCAAAUUUAAUUCGAUUUGGAUCAUCAUCUCCUUAUCUCCGAUUCAUUCUUUUUUGAAUUUUAUUUCGUUAAUUCCGAUUCAGUUUUAUCGAACCGGUUGUUCCUUUUAGGAUCGGUAACGUAAAACGGAUUUCUAGUGCGGGAAUGGAAAGAUUGGUAAACGAUUGCAAAGCAAAGAGAGUUUGAGAAAUCAAAGGAUGCCAGGAUUAGCGCAAAGGAAUGAGCAAUAUAAUAAUGCCUCAUUUGGGUUUUGGUCUAAGCAAAAUGACGUUGUUAGCUACAAUCAGCUCCAGAAGUUCUGGAGUGAGCUGUCAAUGCAAGCUCGGCAGAAGCUCCUUAGAAUUGAUAAACAAACACUCUUUGAGCGAGCUCGCAAGAACAUUUACUGCUCCAGAUGUAAUGGGCUGUUGCUUGAAGGUUUUUUGCAGAUUGUCAUGUAUGGAAAAUCCUUGCAGCAGGAGGGAGUAGCUGGUAACCUUCAUUACAACAGGUCAGGAGCCUCAAAAAAGGGAACUGGUGGCGGAUUGAAUUUGACAAACGGGACACAAGAUGAAAUUCAAGAUCCAUCUGUCCAUCCUUGGGGAGGUUUGACAACGACUCGCAAUGGUUCACUGACACUUCUUGACUGCUAUUUGUGCCCAAAGUCAUUUAAGGGUCUACAAAACGUGUUUGAUAGUGCACGUGCAAGGGAGCGGGAGCGUGAAUUGCUUUAUCCUGAUGCUUGUGGUGGGGGAGGUCGUGGUUGGAUAAGCCAAGGAAUUGCUAGUUAUGGAAGAGGACAUGGAACAAGAGAAACAUGUGCACUGCACACUGCCAGGCUUUCUUGUGACACCUUGGUGGAUUUCUGGUCAGCUCUUGGAGAAGAAACUCGGCAAUCUCUUUUAAGAAUGAAGGAAGAAGAUUUUAUUGAGAGGCUUAUGUACAGGUUUGACAGCAAGAGGUUUUGCAGAGAUUGCAGAAGAAACGUUAUCCGUGAGUUCAAGGAGCUGAAGGAGCUAAAACGCAUGCGUAGAGAACCUCGAUGCACUAGUUGGUUUUGUGUUGCAGAUACAGCUUUUCUGUAUGAGGUAUCUCAUGACACAGUCAAGGCUGAUUGGCGCCAAACUUUUGCUGACACUAUUGGAACUUACCAUCAUUUUGAAUGGGCAGUUGGAACUGGGGAAGGAAAAUCAGAUAUUAGGGAAUUUGAAAAUGUUGGCAUGAAUGGAAGUGUUCGAGUCCGUGGUUUGGAUCUUGAUGGCUUGAGUUCGUGUUAUAUUACCCUGAGGGCCUGGAAAUUGGAUGGCCGCUGCUCUGAACUUUCUGUAAAAGCCCAUGCACUUAAGGGCCAACAAUGUGUGCAUUGCAGGCUUGUAGUUGGAGAUGGUUAUGUCACAAUCACAAGAGGUGAAAAUAUUAGAAGGUUUUUUGAGCAUGCUGAAGAGGUCGAGGAAGAAGAGGAUGAUGAUUCCAUGGACAAGGAUGGAAAUGAGAUCGAUGGUGAAUGCUUCCGUCCUCAAAAGCAUGCGAAGAGUCCUGAACUUGCUCGAGAGUUUCUUCUUGAUGCUGCUACUGUUAUAUUUAAGGAACAGGUUGAAAAGGCUUUUAGGGAAGGAACAGCACGCCAGAAUGCACACAGUAUCUUUGUUUGCCUUGCAAUAAAGCUGCUGGAAGAACGAAUUCAUGUUGCCUGCAAGGAAAUUAUUACGUUGGAAAAGCAGAUGAAGCUUCUCGAAGAAGAAGAGAAGGAAAAGCGUGAGGAAGAAGAACAAAGGGAGAGGAAAAGAACAAAAGAACGAGAGAAAAAGCUCAGGAGAAAGGAGAGACUGAAAGGAAAAGAAAGAGAGAGAGAGAAAAAAUGUGCGGACUCAAGCGUUACUCCUGAUUUCUCAAAGGAAGUAUCUUCACCCAAUACUAAGGUUGAAGAAAAUAUUUCUAUUAAUUGCAGAGACUCGGUGUGCGAGACGAGUGAUAUAAUUGUGUCUACACUUGGUUCUCCAGAUGAUCAAGUAGAACAGUUUUUAGAUGGGCAUUUGGCAUCAAGUUUGCAAAAUCACUCAUUUGAUGGUCCUGAUGGAGAAGGUACAAAGGUAAAAGAUGGGAAUGGCUCUUUUCCAACAGAACAAUCAAAAUUUUCUCGACGGAGAUUGAAAUUUCGCAAGGAUGGUCAAUUUGAUACAUCUCUGAAAUGGUCCGAUCGGCGUCGAUUUCCUGUUGUGUCAGAAAGUGCUCCUGUUAAUAGAUCUGAAGCUAGAUAUAAAAGUGAAAACUUUGAGGCUCCUUCAAGGAGCAUCAAUGGACCAAAUAAGCAAUUAAGGAUAAACAGUGCAAAGUCCAAUGGUCGGAAUUGUGAUGUUAAGUAUCCUGAAAAGUUUCAGUGUCCAAACAGCCGGAGUGACAGAUAUGACAUCUACUCUUGCAGCUGCGGCCAACACAACGAGUACAGAGCCAAAAUUGAGCCAUAUGUUUCUGUGACAGGAGUAGGCCAAGAAGCCAAGGCUGUAAGCAAGUCAAAAUCUGCAUUAGAUAUGUCCAAGCAAGUCUAUCGUGGUAACAAGUAUAAUCAACAAGAGUACAUGCAUGAAGACUGUGGAAGGCUAAAAAAUAAAAUUAUUGCAGGAAACAAUCCUUCCAGUCGAGAUUCACUUAAUUCCAAUAAAGUUUGGGAGCCCACAGAAGUCCAGAGAAAUUACCCCCGGACCAACUCUGAUACGGAUAUUACUCUGAGGUCGUCUACUUACAACAAAGGAGCUGGACUUGAUAAUGACUUUGUUAAGUCAUCCGGUGAGACAUGCACAAGUGAAGCUAGUGUAAAUUUUGGUGAAAUCGGUCAUGAGCAUAGCAAGGUUAACACAUCAAGCACCAGCCUUGCAACAAAUGAGAACUGUGAUGUUGAAGCACAGGAUAAAUGCUCUUCACUGAAUGCUGCAUCCGAGGAUGUUGAAGUUUGUCCUAAUAGAAACUCUACCUUGAAUGAAAUUUCUCAUUCUAUGAUAAGCAGCAGUUCUAGUUCUGAUAACUGCUAUUCAUGCUUUAGUGAAGGAGAUAGCAAUACCUGCUCUUCAAAUAAUGGAAACUUAGAAUCUUCAUCAUCAGAUUCUGAAGAGGCCAGUCAACAAUCAGAUGGGAGAGAUACUUCAAUCUGCGUUCAAAAUGGUUUCUCUGAGUGUCAGGUGAAGGGAAUUGAUAAAAAAGAGGAUGUCAAUGGAGGCAUUGCUUUGGAAAGCGAGGCAUUGUUUGGACAUUCACCUGAUGGGAAAGAUUCUUCAGUCUGCAUUCAAGAUGGCUUCUCCGAGUGUCAGGUUAAAGGAAUCGAAAAAAAACAGGAUGUCAAUGGGGAGGUUGCUUUGGAAUACCAGGCAUUGUUUGGGCAUUCACCAGACAGUAGAGGUAACAAAGUUUCUGGAAAUCCACUGACAACUGUUGCAAUUUCUGAUAAUGAAAAAUCGACUGCUGUUAUGAGUUCUCAACAUCAAGGCACGUUUACAUCAGUCCAUAACCAACCUAUACAGUUCCCAGUAUAUCAAGCUCCUUCAACCAUGGGUUACUACCAUCAGAACCCCGUUUCUUGGUCAGCAACACCAGCCAAUGGAUUAAUGCCUUUCCCUCCAAACCCCUAUUUUUAUACUGGCCCUCUUGGCUAUGAUUUAAAUGGGAACUCACGUUUAUGCAUGCCAUAUGGCACUCUGCAGCAUUUUGCUACCCCUCUGUUUAAUCCUGGUCCCGUUCCGGUCUAUCAGCCAGUUUCAAAGGCCAAUGGUUUGUAUGCAGAGGAUCAACUACAGAUUCCCAAGCCGGUUACAAGGAAAGAAGAUGCUUUUACCGAAGUUAAUUCUGAGAUGUUUGCCCCUGGCAGGCUGCAUACGACUGAACAAGCAGCAAAUGGAGAAGGUAGGCAAAAUGAUGUCUCUACCAAACCACACACAGAUGACACUAGCUUUUCCUUGUUCCAUUUCGGUGGGCCGGUGGCUCUUUCAACUGCACGCAAAUCCAAUCCUGCCCCCCUGAAAGAAGAGAUCGCCGGGGAAUUUUCUUCUCAAUUUUCAGCUUAUCAUGUCGAAAACGACCAUGCUUGCAAUAAAAAGGAGACCACUAUCGAAGAGUACAGUUUGUUUGCGGCAAGUAACGGAAUAAGGUUUUCAUUCUUCUAAUAUAAGUAGUUAGGUAGAGGUGACUGUUUGGCAUUUCAGUCCCUACCCUAUUUCCCAGAAAAUGGAAGUUUGAGAGUACUUUGUAAUUCAGUAUACAAUGGUCUUUGCUGUGAAAGAAAAUCCCAAUUUUAGUUUAUAGUUUCUUAGUA